GUUGAUCAUGAUACCUUUUUAAAAUAUUUGAAAAUGUCGGCUGAUAAUGAAAAUUCUACUGCUCUUUAUAAUCUUGGUGAAUUAUAUUUAAAUGGUAGGAUGGGUUUUGAAAAGGAUCAGCAAAAGGGCAUUCAAUAUUUAAAAUUGGCUGCUUUCAAAGGACAAUCAAAAGCAAAAGAGAUUUUGAAACAAUAUGAUAGUUAA